CCAGCACUCUCCCUUGCGAGAGCAACAUAUCCACCCAUGUACCCCACCAUGUCGGUGUUGGGUGCCUUACCCUCCCGUCUUGCUGCCCUUACACGACUUCGCAGCCAAGUCUUCCAAACAUCCUACAACCCCUCCAGCAUGCGAACCGGUGCGAAGUACCUCAAACGUCGUCUUCGUGGACCCUCCAUGCUCGAAUACUACCCAGAACAACCCGAUAUCGCCGCUCUUAUAAGGCAGUUCCCUGACGAGGGUUUGAGGAAUACAGCAGAGGAGACGAGGUUGCAGGAUAUCAUUGACAAGAAGGCUAGAGGGAAAGGGACACCGAAGAAGGCGAAGACGAAGGCGGACUCGCGUCGGUCAGCGAAGAAGCGGUAGAUGCUUGUUCGUUGUCAGUCUGCUUUUGUGUUGUAUCAUAUAUCACUCGGCGCUUUCGCCUCGUCGUAAUCGCUUUUGCUUUGCUGGAUUUUCUUCUCUCGCUGCGAGAGCACACGUGCGAAGCGUUUUUAUUUCUAAUCAAGUCAGGUAUCCUCGUCACUGUCAAUAUCGCGGAUACCGUCCGUCAUCUCAACCUCAUCAUUCUCCUUCAUCGCACUCCCCAUCAUUCCACUUCCGAUUCCACCCGCUGUCAAACUCGAGUACGCAUCAACAUCUCCCUGGCCCAUCUCUUCCACUUCCAGCUCCCUCAACGUCCUCUCGAACAACCUCUCAAACCUCUCCCUCAGCCCUCGGCUCUCCAAAAUAUCCACAUAAUCUGACGCGCUGCCUUCACCGAGCACCUCCUGAUCUCCCAGCUCUUCUAUCCCCGAAUCUUCUUUGGGUGACAGCCCUUCCAACCACUCAUCAAUCCUUGCUGCGCCUGUGAUCAACAAACUCUUCAAUCUCGUCUUCUCCGUCUGCGUCAACACCUUCGACUUCUCUCUCUCACUCUUAUUCUCCGGCCCUUUUCGUUCUUCACCACGACGACUUCUCCCCUCCUCGUUAU